UGAUAUUCCUCUCACAUAGCGUAGUCUUCUCUUCUAGUCUACUCUCUCAAGUAAUCUUUUUCUGUCUGGGAGAGUUACUCCUGUGUCUCUUAACUCUCAGAUUUUAUUUUUUAUAAUCGACAACUUAAGAUAAAAGUGAUAAAAAGUUGAAGGUAAUUUAGUUUUCAUGGGAAUUAUUUCAGGUGGUGAGGAAGGCGUGGAGGGCGCUUCAUCCUGGCCUCUAGCUGCUGCAGGAAGUGUGGUGGUGCAUGUGUGACCUCCAGAAACUGGCCUCUUCUAUCUGCUGUAGGAGGGCAUUUAGGGUGGCGUGUGAGGUGUGAGCGUGGCCUCCAGAAGCUGGAGGGGAGCGUGGUGGCAGCGUGCAGCCCGACGCUUUAGUGUGGCCUCCACACCCUGACCUCUAUCUGCUACAGGAAGGCGUGGUGGCGUGCAGUCUGAUCUUUGACUGUGUCCUCCAGACCCAGACCUCUAGUUGCUGUAGUGGGGCGUGGUGGCGUGUUUGACCUCCAGAACCGGGUCAUUAGCAGGAUGAGGUUGGAUCUCUGGGCGGCUGUGGCUCUCCGCCUCCUGCUCUUCACAAGUCUCGCUGCUAAGAGUUGUACACUAAGGGUGUCAGGAGUGUUAGUACCGCCUGUAGUAGUGUCGGGAACAACGGUUGAGUUAGAGUGUAAUUAUCACCACAGCCUCGACAGACCCGACCCGCUCUACUCGGUCAAGUGGUACCGGGACGUGAACCAGUUUUACGAGUACAUCCCCAAGAGGAAGCCUCCCAUAAGGGUGUUCCCGGUACCUCACAUUAAUGUUGACGAGAGCCACAGCACGCGGGAGAAGGUGCGGCUGACGGGGGUGACGAGGGAGACCUCUGGCAGCUUCAGGUGUGAGGUGAUGGGCGACAAACCUUUCUUCGAGACGGACGACCAUACUGUAAACAUGACGGUGGUGGACGUGCCGUUGUGGGGACCAGAGGUGUGGGGUGUGGCCCAGGGAGACAAGGUCCGGCCCGGGGAACAUCUGGUGGCCCGCUGUCAGGUUGGUGACUCUGACCCCCCGGCGGAGAUCAGCUGGACCGUCAACUCAGAGGCGGCGCCCACCUUCGCCCACCUGCCUCGCUCCCUCGGGCGGGACCAGAGAGGACGACCACUACAAGUCUCCGAGCUGCGGGUGACGGUGACGGAGGAGUGGCUGGCUCGAGGGGCCGUGACGCUGGGCUGUCAGGUGACGGUGUCCUCAGUCUACCACAAGUCAGUCAACGUGACGCUCUUCGACGCUGACUGGCCACAACCAGCUGAGUUUGGCUGGUUCUCCUCAGGUGAGUCAACCUUCUGCUCACCUCGAACUCACCUGCCGCUUAUAGGGUCACCUGGAUGUUACCUGCCUCUUAAUGAGAUAUUUACUUGUGGUCCCUGGUCACCAUGGAUUCAAAAGGAGCCAUAACCUUACCAUAUGUGGAAAGAAAAACAAUGCCCACAGUGCUCAUCAUCCAUAGAUUAAGUUUCAUUGAAAGUUGUUUAUAUUUGUUCAAGUUAACGCUUUUACAACAUACCCGAGUGGAAGGACGCACACACACACGCACA